GUGGGAGAAAUCACAGCAGCUUGAAGAGCGACGAGCGCGCUCCAGUUUCACUCCUCUGACAGGCGGAGCGGCGCGCUCUUUUUACGCACAGCCAACACUGCUGCGGGCCAUUGAAGGAACACUUCACUUUGCUUCACUUUGCUUCCCUUCACUCAAGCGGAGCGACAGAGGUCCUCAUCACGGGAUACCAGCCCCGGAAAACCCGAUUUGAAACCAAUAUCACCUCAGUUGUCCUCAGACGUGGACUGUCGCUGCGUAAAAGCGUUACGCACGGACUUUUCAGGAAGUUGUGUGCACGUCAAGGAAGACAUGUGAGACUUUCUCCUGUUUCCUCAUAAAUCCAUCCACGCUGAUUUGGCGGCAGGACCGAACAGGUUAGUAGUGGAGCUGCGGAGGAGGGAAAACUACCUUCAUCACAAGGGGGGGGCUGAGAUUGUGCAAGUGUGGAAGGCCGAAGCAAGAGUCCUGCCACAGAGAGAAAGCCAGGAGGAGGUGCCUCCAGCCGGAUGGAUUCUUUAUGUUUGUUCCACGCUCAGAGGAGACAGUCAGAGUCGGCUCGGAGCUCCUUCCCGCUGUGACGACAAAGCGCUAAAAAAAUGACACGCCGCAGCGGAUGGAGAGGGCGAAUCGUGACCCAACGUGGGACCCAACGUGGGACCCAACGUGGGACCCAACGUGGGACCCAACGUGGGACGCAACGUGUCUCUCCUGACCUUUCGUGCGCGCGCCUCCGGAUGACAUCUGGUGGGAGCCGAUGGAGGAGUCGGAGGAAGGAGAGACCAGAGACGACCUUUGUGAUGUCAGCUAAGGUGCUGCUGUGGGUGCUGCUGUCAGUGCUGCCUCUGGUUGACGGAGCACGCGUGAAAGCCAACAUGGGUGCCACUGGUGUGGGAGUGGAUUCGGGCCAUAUGACUGGCCUGCUGGGAGGACAGGAGGGACUAGAACUUCCUGUAACGCUGCCAGAGUUGACGGAGGAUGAGGAGCAGGAAGACGAUAGUGAUCCUUAUUCGCCUUGGCAUUCUUUUUAUGACCCUUUUGUUAUCGAUGAAGUUGAUGAUCAUCCAAGCACUCGCUGGGCUGGCCGCAUGCCACGUUCCUCAGAUCCCACUGAACCGCAACUUAAAGCCUCACCUAAGAAGAAGAAGAAGAGGAAGAAGAAAGAAAGGGAAGAAGAAGCAGACGGCGCAAGUGGAGGAAAAAACAAGCAGCCAAAGCACAGCAGUCGGGACUGCCGAGUGGAAAAGCGAGAGAUGAAGGUCAGGGAUCUUGGACUCGGGUUUGACUCGGAUGAGAUCGUCCUUUUCAAGUUUUGCGUGGGUUCCUGCCAGUCCUCCAGGAUGAAUUACGACCUGGCGCUUAAAGCUCUGCUGAAGAACGGGUCUCUCCCACGACGCACCUCCCGCAAGGUCAGCAACCACCCUUGUUGCCGACCUGACCGCUAUGAGCCAGUGUCCUUCAUGGACGCUCAGACCACAUGGAGGACCAUACAGUCCUUAUCGGCUGCCAGCUGCAUGUGUAUGGGCUGAAGGAUGGACCAUUUUGGAGGUCAUUUCCUGUGUUUUGUUUUCUUGCUGCAGAGGAACAAGUCUGGGUGCAGCCAAUGACUAUGGGCAAAGGUCAGAGCCUAAAAGGAGGCCCUCGUGGAACCACAGUGUGGAAUUAUUGUUACAUCCUCAAAGAGCGAACACUUUUCUACGGACGAUGUGAACGUGACUGAUUUGAUUCAACACACAGUGUUGAGUGUCGAGAGACAGCACAAGCACCGACUCUGUGUUUAUCUUUUAAAACAAGCAAACAGACUGCUAAACGUUCAAUAUUUACUACUCACAGUGAUGCCAGCUCUUCCCAGAAGUUCAAUAACAAGUAAAUGGGUUCAAUGUUCAAGUGAGCUCAGCCAAAUGGAUGCCAUGCAUCUUCACGUAUUACUGUAUAAAAGUAAAAUAUAUUUAUUUCUGAUAAGUUAUUUAUUUAUUAUAGCUUCGUAUGAGAGCUGUUUUAUCCAACUGUGUAUCGUAGAUGUAUAUCUAUUUAUUGCCAAAAGUCUCAUUCCGUGUUUGAGUCCGUCUGCUCCCAUACUCUAUGUACAUACUUCAUAAAGGUGCUGAUUUUUUUUUUCAGCAAGGUCAAAUAAAGCCUCAAAAAAAACACCAGAAACGGGGCUCGAUUCUGGUUUUAUUUGAGUGAAAACCACCUUGAUAAAGCUUCAAAAUUCACCACAAAUUGACGUCCAUUGGAAUGACAUUGUGUGCAUAAUAAAUAUUUGCUUUAACAGUACCUCA